CAUUAGAAUCAAUGAAUCACCAUGAAGCAAGCCCUAAUUUCCUUCGUUUGGGGAAACAUGCAUCACUCAGGAUAAAGAGAAGAGUUUGAAGCUCCGCUUGCAGCCAUACUCGAAUCAGGGCACAUAAAUUUUCAAUUUGAGGAACAUUUUUUUUGUUUAGAUCAAAAACAGAAGAGCUUGCUCAAGUGAAGGAAAAAAAAGGUUCUACUAGGAGAGAGUUAAUGUAGUUAUCUUUCUGAGCUUUGUCGGCUCUUGUCAUGGACCCCCGCAAAGAGAGAAUAAAGAAUGGGUGCCUGAAGAUUUUGGAAGGAAUAAAUUCAAUGUCUUUGGUAAAUUUAGAUGACCAGCAAGUCCAUUCCUUAGUGAUGAUGAGAGAAAUAGCACGUGGGGUUGUUGAUGAUCGAGAUAGAAAGGUUACUAAAAGUGAUGUGAUCACUGCAUUGCGCCACAGCAUUGAGAAAAUGGUGUGUGCAUCCAGGGAUAUCAUUCAAAUAUUAAGUAGGAUGUCCUUUGAAGGCUUGGAUGACCAGAGCAUGCAUUUAGUCAUGAGGAUGAAAGAAAUUGCAAAUGGGGUUAUUGAUAAGCAACCUAGAGUUGCAAUAACUAGGCCUGACUUACUUGCUGAACAAGUUGGAUUUGUGGAUGAAGGGAUGAGAGAUAGUCCCGUGGUUGAGUCAACCAAGAUCAGCAAUGGGUAUGUUCCGAUUGGCGGGGCACAGAGCAUGACUAAUGAAGAUGAGAUGUUGGAUGUGGAACAUGUUUUAAGAUUUGAAAAUGGGAUAGAUGAAGUUCACGAGUCUUUGUUACCUUGUUUUCAGCAGUUUCUUCUGUGGCCACCUGAUGAUUGUGUCACCUUAGAGUGGGUUCAGGACAUGAUGGUCAUCCUUGAGCAGGCUUCACAGAAGAUGUUGCCAUCUGAAUUCUGUCAUAUCGUGCCGGCCAUUUUGGUGGACAAAUUGGCAGAUGCUGCUUGCAGUAUUUUAUGUAAAGAACCAAACUGUGUGGAGAUUAAUUGUCAAGGAGAAGAUUCAAAAGUAAUUGUAGUAGGCGAUGUACAUGGGCAGUUUCAUGAUUUAAUGUUUCUUUUCAAGCAUGCAGGGGUUCCCUCUGAGAACCGGAUUUAUGUUUUUAAUGGAAAUUAUGUAGAUAAGGGAGCUUGGGGAAUUGAAGUACUUUUGUUCUUGCUGGCUUGGAAGGUCUUGAUGCCUCAUAGAGUAUAUCUACUUCGUGGGAAUCAUGAAUCAAGAUAUUGCACUGCAAGAUAUGGUUUUAAGAAGGAGGUGUGGGCCAAAUAUGGUGAUCAAGGUGAAGAUGUCUACAAUAAAUUCCUAGCAUGUUUUAAGGAGCUUCCAUUAGCUUCAGUUAUUGCCAAUUGUGUUUAUACUACUCAUGGAGGACUUUUCCGUAGUAUACACGCAGCCCCUUCACAGAAACCGAAACGAAAUAAAACACACAGGGUGGAUCUCGGCUCUUUAGCUGAGUUAUCUGAAGUUAAAAGAUCUUUUGUAGAUUGCCCUUAUGAAGGUCCUAAUAUAUUAUUGAGUGAUGUUCUCUGGUCAAGACCAUCUAACAGGGAUGGUCUGAGGGAUAAUACAGGUCAAAAGUUAGGUUUAUUGUGGGGUCCUGAUUGCACUGAGGCAUUCUUAAAGCAGUACAAUUUAAAGCUGAUUAUCAGAUCACAUGAAGGACCAGACGCAAGGGCUGGUAGAGAUGAUGAUUUCGGGGACAUGCUAAGUGGAUACAGCAUAGAUCAUGAUGGAGAAUCGGGAAGACUGUAUACUCUUUUUAGUGCUCCAGACUAUCCACAGUUUGGUAAAAGGAGAUAUAACAAUAAGGGGGCAUAUGCAGUAUUGAAGUCGCCUGAUUUUGCCAGCCCUUCGUUUCACUCAUUCAAAGCAGCAGAAAGACCAAUGGUGGAUCCUUACUUUGAUUUUGAUGCCAAUUAUAUGGAAUCGAGUAAACUAGACUCUUCUCAAAGUGCCUCAACCUCUACCCUUUCUGCUCCUCAAAGAUUUUAUUCAGAUGGGAUGAGACCUGAGUUUGACUUUGGGGCAUUAGGCAUAUACAAUGCCCCAGGUUGGAGGGUUGAGCUUCCUGAUGGUUCAGGAGGUACUCAAGCUGUUGAGGUUCCAAGGGCACCAUUGGCGGAAGGAUUGCCUCUGCCUCCAAACAUACAGGAGCCACACAAGGCUGCUUAUGAGUAUUUGUUUGAGCUAGUUGCUGGCCUGAAACAUAUGAUUGUAACAAGGGAGACUGAGAACAGGGCCCCUGUGUCUGCUUUGAGAAGUAGAACUAGGAAACGAGAAGGUAAGGGUAACUCAUAGAUGGGGCACCGCAGACAACACCAUGUGACAAUGAUUAUAUUACCUCUGUAGCAUAUUGUUUACUUGUCCUUUAUGUAAGUAUUAGUAUUAAACUCAGUAAUUCUUGCUUCAAUGUAAUAAGUCCUAGCUUUGCCUCCAAUAGCAUGAGCUCAAGUUUGUGUCACUAAGUUUUUGCAUUGAUAUCAAUACUGGGACUUAGAAUAUCGGCGCAAAUAAUCAGGAAUAUUCAAGGCUAAAAGUGAGUUUGCCUUUAGUAUAUCAAUUGGUCUUUAUUG